GUCUCGUUUUAAAGACGAAGGUUCAAGCAAGUACAUACCUCUUCUGAAUUUUUAAAAAAGCUUCGUUUUCUUCGAAAAAUAUCGUGUCGAAAAAUUAAUCUUUCUUUCACAUAUUUUUAUCAGCCAUUUUCUUUAUACCGCAGUUAGUAAAUAAUAAAUCCAUCUAACGAUUAUUUGAAUACGCUUUAGCUAUUUCUAUAAGAUUAAUUAAAAAACAAAUGGUAUCAAAUUUGUACGAUUAAUUAAAAUUUGAAGCUUUUUCAAUUAAGCUGUUUUCAGAUUAUUGAAACGUAUAAUCUGGCUUUUUCUUUUUUUUCUUUUGCUUUUGUCAGAUGUAUUAUUAUUUUUGCGACAUACAAAAGUUUCUAUCACACGCUAACUCGAUUAUUAAAUUACGCGUUAGAGAGGUAUAACCUACAUAAACUUGAUACAUCGAUGCGAUAGGUGUAUAGUUUCCCUUGUAGUUCAUAUUUUGUUUAUAAUUGUUACUGAACUCACAUACGCUACGAGGUUAAGAUAGUAAACAGCUUUAAAUAAUCGAAUAUUGCGUCAUUUGUCGUAAUAACAAUAAUUCUAAAACAAUUGAAAUGAAAACAUUUGAAAUUCAGGAUAAACUUAACCUGAUAAAAUUAUUGAAAAUUUUUCCACAUAAAUAUCAAAAAUGUGGAAAAAGACAAUGAUACUCGCAAAUACGAUUAUAGACUUAACUUCAAAAAUAGCAAGAAAAAAAAGAUGUUUACCAGCGUCGGUUGUAACUUGUGAUCCAAACAGAUAUGCCCAUUCUGACAUCCCAUUUCCAGACUUUAAAGACAUCUUAAAGAAAGAUAAAAAACCGCUCGAUGCAAAUGAAAAUCAAAAAUGUUUAACUUAUGGCGUAUCUUUUAUUGCCGGAGUAACUUGUAUGUACGGUUUAAAGUCUCAUGUAUUGCAUUAUUUAUUGUUUUUGGCACCGUCUCGAGAUGUUCUAGCUACUGCUCAAUCAGAAGCCACAUUAACUAAUAUACCCGAAGGGAAAGUUGCGAUUGUUAAGUGGCGAGGAAAACCAGUUUUUCUUUAUCAUAGACCACAAAAUGUUAUUGAUCAAGAAAGAGAAGUUGAUGUAUCAAUUUUGAGAGAUCCUGAAACGGAUGAAGAAAGAGUGAAAAAACCUGAAUGGUUAAUUGUCAUAGGAGUUUGCACUCAUUUAGGAUGCAUACCUAUUCCUAAUUCUGGUAUGAUUCCAGGAGGUUUCUUUUGUCCUUGUCAUGGAUCUCAUUAUGAUGGAGCCGGUCGUGUACGAAAAGGACCAGCACCUCUUAAUCUUCCUGUUCCUAAAUACGAAUUUAUUAGCGAUGAAAAAAUAAUUAUCGGUUAAUCGGCUGUAUCAGCUUUUUAUUCAUGUCGAAUAACUCGUAUUUAAGGAAUUAACUAUAAGUUUUGACAGUAUCUGUAUCGACUUCAUGAUAAAAAUAAAAAACAGAUAUCUAGUUUUAUACUUACAUAUACGUAAUUCUUAUAAAA